AUGAGUCGAGCAGGCGGAGUGUAUGGCAUGUUUGGCAAUGCUGCCAUGGGAGGAGGAACAACGACAGAUUCUGGAGAGCAGGGAGGGUCUGAUGUAUUCGAUGCACAACCAACAACAACCACUGAUCUUUCAGAUUGGACGAUCGAUGCUCCAUCGGAUAAAGCAUUGGAUCUGGUUUUCAUAAUGGACGCAACAGGUUCGAUGGGUUCUUACAUCGCUUCAGCAACAAAGAAUAUCGAAACAAUUUGUGAUAAUAUCAUUCGAUCUGAACAACUAUCAGGUCCAGGCGCUUUACGUUUGGGACUGCUAGCGUACAGAGACCAUCCACCACAGGAUCAUACAUACAUCGUCAAGAAUUUCGGCUUUACACCUGAAGUGAGCGAAAUGAAAUCCAAUCUGAAAACGUUGUACGCAUCUGGCGGUGGUGAUGGUCCUGAAGCUGUAACUGCAGCUUUGCAUUCGCUUUUACAGAUGGAAUGGAGACAGCGUGCAACCAGGAUGGCAGUCUUGAUCGCUGAUGCUCCACCACAUGGAAUUGGCGAAUAUGGUGAUGGAUUCCCUUCUGGAUCGCCUGAUGGGAAUGAUCCUUUGAAGAUUGCUAGAAUCAUGGCAGCAGGUGGAAUACCGCUUUACGUCGUAGCAUGCGAACCUGCUUUGAGCGGAUAUACCUAUGCGGUAGACUUCUUUCAAGCAAUGGUUAGCAUUACCGGUGCUCAACUAUUACCUCUCACAAGUGCAAGUCUAUUGGCUCACGUAAUCAUCGGUGCAGCCGGAGAAGCAAUGGACAUGGAUCGAUUGCAUCGUGAGCUAGGAGAUGCAGUGGCAGAUCGUAUGAAAGCUAUGAGUUUGGAAGGACGUAAUUCAGGCGAUGCAAUUAUGGAUGAAGUUACUCGUGAAUUACAUCAAAGCUUGCAAUUGAGAAAUGAAAAUACAAAACAAUUGCUGAUCGAAUCAAUCUAUCGUGAAAGUGAGGCAUCAAAGCAUAACUUCUCAGUCUUCACACAAGCGCCAGAUUUGGGAACUGCUAGACCAUUACUCAAACGUGUGAUCGGAUCAAGAUUGAGUGAAAAGUACUUACAAACACGUUCAGCCUCUUCUUCCUAUCGCUCUUAUGGCGAUUUCCCUCAUCCAAGAGCUUCAACCGCGACUGCCGUCGUGGCUACGGAUAUCUAUGCUGCCAAACAUCCAGCAUCCGGUUCACCACCGUUGAUUACAUCUUCUUUCGGUUCAGUUUCCCCGAGCAGAAGUCCGCCAACGGGUGGAUCGAGAAAGGUGAUUUCUGAUUUCUCGACGUUUUCCGCUUCGCCCGGAAUGUCUUUUUCCAAUGCAGGAGGUUCACCUUCUUUGGGCGGACAAUCUUCAACUUUUGGAGCUUCUUCUCCUCCGAUGGCCUCGUUCGGAAGUCCACGAACGAAUAACGAUUAUAGAAAUUCUGCUUUUAAUAAUAAUUCGAGCAGAAAUACGUUUGACGAUGAUGAUGAAGAUGAUGAAAAGUUUAACAAGCCAAGCAAACCUUUACCGGUGGAGGUAAACGAAGAUGGAAGUGUUGAAGUUCGCGGAGAUGAUGGACAAAGAUUAGCAUUUAGACAAGGUGCAAUCUCGAUGGAACAAGUUCGUCGUUUAGCCAUGCAAAGUGCUUAUCGUUCAGGGUUGGCCAAUUGA